AUGACCGCCUCGACACUUUUGAUCUUUGCGCCAACGCUGAGAGACACUGUAUGCGGUCAUGUCCAAGCUAUAGCAUGGCCCGCUUUGGAGGUUCAAGGACGUGGCGCGCAAAAGACGUACGAUGUGCGCUCCGAUUUGUCCGCACCAGCCAAUACGUACGCAAUCGCUUUUCGGCGACGUGUUCUGAAGCUUGCACAAAACAGCGCUACGACAGAGCGGAUAGGGAAGUGUGAACAUGUCAAGGUGAUAUUCGACGAGGGGUCUUUGGAUGGAGGUAGCACGCAGGCGAGCUGCGCAAGUACGAGCUCCUCUGCUUCUGCUUCUAGCAAGGUCGACGAGCUUUGGAAUCUCGCUCGCGAACUUGCUCGCUGCAGUGCCUCCACUCGCACUGCUCUGCUUCGUCGCACAGCGCCAGCUCUUGUACAUCAAGACGAGCGAAUCAGCAUAUAUGCGUGUGAGUGCCACUUGCACCCAGACAUUUGGUAAUCUGUGCUGAUACCCACGUCUGCUUGUGUCAAUCGAAGCAUUCAAUCAAGCUGAAGCAGGACAGAAGAUGAACUGGGCAAAUAUCAGAUUGACAAUGGCCUUGCAGAACGCCCUUCGACAUGUCGCUAGCAAUUACUAUACUCGUGGCGAUGCCAGUCAAGUGCUUGGCAUCUACAUCGAUGCCAUUUCGGCAGCGCUGAACUCUGUCGAUGAUCAGGUGAGCAACAACCAUUGGCAAAGCCCCGCCUGGUCGUGUUUGACCCUCUGCUUAUCAUCCUCCAUUCUACAGCACACAACCGAUUCGGCUUUGUCUCUUUCGCAACGCUCCUCUGCAACGCCUAGCCGAGAGCGCUCGCACGCUUCGGAUCUCAGCAUCGCCAGCAGGUCUAGCAUUGGCACAGGCUCCCCAGCCAGUCGCUCCUUGGCCUUCGACGUCGCGACUCGAGCGGACUCAAGCGCCAGACCAACCACUCUCGUUUCAUACCUAAUGUCAGGUCUUUCCGAAUCCGAGUCGGAUCAAUCGCUCUCUUCCUCCGACUCGGACUCCGACAUCGACGCUGAGGAGGUGCAAAGUCCAGUUUCUUACUCCUCAUCUUUGGCCUCUUCCCCAUCCUUGCCCAAGGUACCGCUAGGUGCGGAAGGGUCGAGAAGCCCGAGUGGAGGAACUCAUCUAAGUCCCGCACUCAGCAAAAGCGGUGCUCUCUCGGGCGCGGACUCCGACACCUGGGCGAACGAACACACGAUCCGUAGACAGCCUAGCAUCACCAUCACGGACCACGACCGGAAUCCGGAAAGGAGCAGAGCGCUUUAUGAUGAUGAGCUCGUUGGGGGAGAGCUGGACGAGUUGGAUAGGGAUGAUUGGGCCGAGUACGAAAAAGCAGCGCAGUUGGCGGAGAUGGAACGCAUCGAAAGAGAAGGCAUUCGACCCGCAUCGUCAUCCUCCUCAGACCCCGAAGCCGAAAAGAACGCUUCGAGUUCCCAAGAUCAGCAAGCGGAAGGAGAACUUUCAUCAGACCGAGCGAUUCAAGAUUCCCUCACUUCCGAACUCUUGCGAAUGGCUCGAGUGCUCAAGUCCAACUCUUUAGCUUUUGGUGAAGCUUUGGAGCGCGAUCGAUUGCUGCUGGAGAGUACGGGUGAAAAGUUGCAGGGAAACCUGGACGUGAUGACUAGGACUAGGGGAAGAUUGGGAGAGUAUGCCAAGAAAGCUAGGGGAUUGGGUUGGGCUACGUUAGGAGCUGUCACUGUCGUUUGCAUCAGUUGGGUCCUUUGCUUUUUGCUCAUCCGACUCACGUGA